AUGGAGUCACUGGGGGACGAACCAUGGGAUGUGGUAAUAUGUGGCACGGGUCUGCAGCAGUCCUUGCUGGCUUUAGCUCUCUCGCGGUCUAAGAAACGGAUCCUUCAUACCGACCCCAACGACUACUACGGCGAGCAUGAAGCUGCCUUUAGUCUCCAGGAGGCAGAUAGCUGGGCCACUGCCCACGCAGCAGCUGCUGCGACAGGCGAUCUGAGUGUUGAAGAUGGCUCAACAACGGGAGAAGACAAGGGCUCAGGUCCUUCUAAGAAGCAGUCCAUUUUUAAGAAUGCGAGUGCCUGGAAGCAUCCGGACGCCGCAACUCAUGGUCUCUCCUUCCCUCGACCAUAUUCACUUGCCUUGGCACCCCAAAUUAUACAUGCCCGCGCCAAACUGUUAGCGCAGCUUGUAUCGUCGAGAGCGUACAGGCAAGUCGAAUUCCUCGCGGUGGGCUCGUUCUUUGUAUAUGACGCGAAAGCGAGCGACGCCAGCUCGAAGUUGUCCCGGAUACCCAGCAGCCGAGAGGAUGUAUUUUCUACGAAGGCCAUUCCGGUCAAGUCAAAGCGGUCGUUGAUGAAAUUCCUCAAGUUCGUCAUCGACUACAACUCUGAGGAGCAGAGGCCGGUCUGGCAGGAGCAAGGGGAGAAAUUGCUCUCCGAGUUUCUGUCUAGCGAAUUCAAGCUGGAUGAAAAUCUGCAAAAGUAUAUCCUUGCCCUCACUUUGACAUUGGAUGGCCGCGUAACCGUCGUGGACGGGCUCGCCAUCAUUCAUCGUCAUCUUACGUCGAUGGGUCUCUUCGGCUCUGGGUUCUGCGCCGUGUAUCCAAAAUGGGGCGGCUCAUCGGAGAUCGCACAAGUGGCAUGUCGUGCUGGAGCGGUAGGCGGCGGGAUAUACAUGCUUGAUACAAAGGCAAAGGUCAGCUAUGAUCCCGAUGGGGACCAGAUGACCCUUGAUUUGUCAAACGAACUAUCCGUCCGAACCACAAGAUUGGUUACGUCUCAGGAUGAAGCUCUGCCAGGCGCGCAAACCAUAACUCGGCUCGUCGCAAUAGUCAACUCGACUUUGCCUUCGUUGUUCGAAGUUUCGGUAGAAGGCGCGCCUACACCGGCAGUCAUUAUCGUAUCGUUUCCAAGCGAUGGCGAGUAUCCGAUCUACGCACUAGUGCAUUCUAGUGAUACAGGAGAGUGUCCUGCUGGCCAAUGUGUCGUUUACUUGACCACGUUAACCACACCAAACUCCGCACAGCGCCUCGAGUCCGCUCUAAGCGAUCUGCUCACAGCCGCUGUUCCCGAAGGCAACACAGCCCCGGUUUGCUUAUACAAGCUCCAAUACGAACAGUCGCUCAGCCCUCGAGAACCCUCAACCACAACCCGUGGCAAAACUUGUACCUUCUCCUUUCCCUCGCCCCCUCUGAACCUCGCGUUCGACGACAAUUGUCUGCACGCGGUCAUGGACGCGUGGAAGCUGGUCAUGGGAGAGGACGCCGCGGAAGACGGGUACAUGGUCUUUGAGGAUCGUGAGGGCGUUGGUAGUGAUGAUGGUAAUGAUGACGAUAACGAUAUUUAGGAUUGGGUUGCUUGAUGUAUAGCAGCAGCUUUAAGCGAUGUUGAUCUUGGCAAAUACAUACACAUACACAACCGUAUGUUACCUUAUUAUUACAGUUGAUGUAGGUGCGUGAACCUACAUGCAUACAUACAUACAUACAUACAUACUUAGUAGUCACGUAUAGAAAUUGGACGAAUAAAUUAAUACCUAAUGAAAAGACGAAAGGAGAAUGAAUGAAUGAGUGAAUGAAAUAAUGCC